GGAAAGGCGGCAAAUGCCGUUCAGGCUGUGUCUCGCUCAGCGAUAUUCAACGCAGUUCUCGUUAAUUUAUGAUUUGCGGAUGUGAGAAGGCGUGUAGCAGUCCGUGCGUAUGCGUUGUGUGCUUCUGUGAGCGUGCUCGACUUUGUUAUGCACGUGCGUACGUGCGUGCAUCCGCAGAAAACAGAAAGCGAUUCUUUGUCCGUCUCCGUGUGUGUGUGUGUGCUUGUGGGUGGGUCGGUGGACACCUCUCUCCUUGUGUGNGAGAGAGAGAGAGAGAGAGAGAGAGAGAGAGAGAGAGAGAGAGAGAGAGAGAGAGAGAGAGAGAGAGGGAGUUGGGGUGGGAGAUGGAGAUGGGCAUGGAAUGUCCGUUAGACGUGACGUGGAUCCCUGGAAGAGGGCGCGGGUUGAUCGCGACACGCGACUUGCAUGAAGGAGAGGUAGUUUUGCGUGAAUCGCCACUGGUUGCUGCGAUUAGACACAAUGCAAAGACCAUUUGCUGCGCCUACUGCUUUCGCAUGCGGGAGCAGACAUCGGCAUUACCGGGGAAAGAUGAAUCGUCGUGGCGGACGCUGCUUGUCGUUUGCGAGCGAUGUCGGGAAUGCUAUUUUUGCGACGAGCAGUGCCACGUGGCGGCUUCUCGCAGUUGUCAUUCUGACCUCUCAUGCAAGGCGUUGUCCCUCAUCCAUGACUGGUUACAGACCUUAUCUUCUUUCUUAUCCUCAUCUUUGUCGGAUUCUGCAAUCAACGAUCUAAGCGAGGUGGCUGACUAUGCUCGUUUCCUGAUCGCCACGUACGAUCGACAUCUCCAACUCGAUUUUGGCGGGAAAAGCGUAGAGAAGAUUAGGGGGGAGGAGGAGGAGGAGGAGGAGGAGGAGGAGGAGAAGUGCGAAGAAGAAGAAGAAGAAGAAGAAGGGGGAGCGAGAGGAGGAGGGAGAGGAGGAGGGUGUUGCUCAGAUGUAGUAAUUCCGAUAUCAUCAACGGCGGGAUCUAGUAAUGGAUCAUCAUUACGGGUAACAUCGACAUCUGUUGCGGCUGCCACGUGGCUGAGCACGGGUCAAAGGAAGGUGUUCGGCAGGUUGUGGUCGUCAUCAUCGCUGCCGAUGGCGAUGGCGGGAGACGUGCGGUCAUCUUCGUGUCCACGUGGCAAUGUUCAGAGCGUCCACGGUGAUGGAUCGUCGUUUGUCAGUGUGAUGGAUUUGCUGAUGCAGCUGGAAGGAGAGGGCGGGGGGAGAGAUGACAGAGCAGUGAUGAUUCACGAGUUUCUGGAAAAAGCGAUCGAGCUGCCACGUGGUAAGAAGCCGGCGUGGUUCUGCCUGGAUCGUACGGCCGCCUUGCUACAGAAGGAGGAGAGGAACUCCUUCUCUCUGAUGUAUGAGGACUUGCAGGUAGAAGACGACGGCCAUGGCGGUGUCAGGACGAAGGCAGUGCCACGUGCCAGAGCCUACGCCAUCUACCCCGUUGCAUCAUUCAUCAAUCAUGACUGCCUUCCGAAUGUCGCGAGGUUUGACUACUUGGAUAAGCAGAAUGGGGACGGAAACAAGGACAUUAUCCUUCGGGCCAUGCAUGAUAUUCCAGAGGGAACGGAGAUCACUAUCAGUUAUUUCCCAAUCAACUGGACUUACAAGGAGAGGCAAGAUCGGUUGCGAGAAGAGUACGGGUUCGAAUGCAGCUGCGCCCGCUGCCAUUUGGAAUGUACGUGGAGUGAUGCAGAAGAAGAAGAAGAAGAAGAAGAAGAGCAGGAAGUGGCAGCGAGUGGCAAAGGGAUGCCGUCGAGGGACGAUGAAGGGUGUGGACAGUAUGACGCAAGAGGAACUGGAAAACAAAAGGAGGAAGGUCAUGAUGACGCAGGGGGAAGGGCGAAUGGGAUGAAGCAGGGAACAGAAGAGGAGGAGGUGUUCAAUGAUGGUGCUGAUGACAGUGAAGCAGUAGGAGGAGGAGGAGGAGGAGGAGGAGGAGGAGGAGGAGGUGAUAGGGAUGACGAUGAGGCUGAGGAUGCUGAAGACGAUUUCCCGCAUGCGAUGUUCUUUGUGAAAUACCUCUGCCCUCAGGAGGGCUGUCGAGGGACUAUGGCCCCAUUGCCAGGGAUCUUCUCUGUGGACAGGCGGCAAUACGAACCAUCGGGAGUUAUGGAGUGCAAUGUCUGUGGCGGUUUCCGGACCGAUGACGAGUUUGCGAAGGAUCUGGAGCAGCAUGGGAUGCUUUGAGUUUUUUUUUGUAAGAGCGUGGCGCUGAUUCCUUCCGAAACCAAUUGCGGUACAUUACUACAUUGUUGUUAUGUUACCCUCCCUAUCUGCCCCCCACGGAAGGAGCAAUUUUGACCACUAAAGAGGACCAAUUUGAGCAUUUACGAGGACCAAUUUGAGCCUUUUAGAGGACCAAUUUGAGCCUUUAAGAGGACCAAUUUGACCCUUUUAGAGGACCAAUUUGAGCCCUUAAGAGGACCAAUUGGCACCCCUUAAACCACCACUCCAACAGCCCCUGUACUCCUUUCAUGUUUGUCGUCUACGAGUACCGGGGUAAAAUGUACAGUGCCCAGGCCCGGUAGAGGUUUGGUGGGGCAGUGUACCACAAUUGCUUUUCCUCACGGAGGCACUGUAGAUUUUAGGCUCGCGGAUAAGCAACUUUGGGUUUGUCAAAAUAGAUUCUGGAUGGAGUGGUGGCUUAAGAGGGGACCAAUUUGGACCUCUUAAGAGGACCAGAUUUGGCCCCUCGGGAGGGCCAAUUCUGACCCCUUGGAAGGACCAAUUUUGACUC